AUGCCGUCAGCUACUGCCCCUUCAACCAUGAACGCCAGGACGGCCGAGUUGGUGCGACAUCUCAAUACCACCGCCAUCGCUCACUCAGCCGAGUCCUAUCCAGGCAUGCAUAAACUCAGAUCGCUACGGGCCGCGGCUACAUUGAGAGACCCUUUCAUCAAUGAAGACACCGGAUUCCCUCUCGAGCUUCGUCAUCGGAUGGGUAUCCGUGGUCUACUACCCCCUGCUAUCGAAACCUUGGAUCAACAAAUGGCCAGGGUUUUAGAUCAGAUGAGAACCAAAAGAACUUCGAUCGGACAGUACAUUUACUUAUCAAACUUGAGACAGAGUAAUGUAAACUUGUUUUACCAUGUCCUAUUAACAAAUACCUCCGAGGUUGUUCCGCUGGUUUACACACCAGUCGUAGGAGAAGCCUGCACCAAGUGGUCUCACAUUUACCAGCGUCCUGAGGGGCUAUAUGUGUCUUGGAAUGAUAGAGGAUGCAUCCGUGAUGUAUUGAAAAACUGGCCUUUACCUGAGGAGGCUAGAAUUUGUGUGGUCACCGAUGGCUCAAGAAUUUUAGGCUUGGGUGAUUUGGGUAUCGGUGGUAUGGGAAUUUCUGUUGGAAAACUAUCGCUCUACGUGGCGGCUGCAGGUAUUCGACCUUGGGCGACUGUACCGAUCUGCAUCGAUCUUGGCACCGACAACGAGAAGAAUUUGGCUGAUCCACUCUACUUGGGACUGAGGAUGAAAAGACGCUCGAAAGAAGAAGCUUUGGAGUUUAUGGACGAGUUCAUGGCCGCUGUGCAUGCCGAGUUUCCAGAAUUGGUUAUCCAACAUGAAGAUUUUGCAACCGAGCGCGCAUUUGACUAUUUAAAACGCUAUCAACACAGUUAUCCAAUGUUCAACGAUGACAUUCAAGGGACUGGAGCUGUCAUCUUGGGUGGGUUCAUCAACGCUGCUCGUCUCUCCACCGCCGCAAGUGGAAAGGAUCUGCGGGAUCAACGAAUCGUAUUCAUGGGGGCUGGAAGUGCUGGUGUUGGAGUGGCCAAGCAACUGCUCUCCUUCUUUAUAAACUUGGGCUUCUCGGAAGAAGAAGCAAAGGAGAGGGUGUGGUUAGUCGACACUAAGGGCUUAGUAACUUCUGAUCGAGGUGACAAGCUAGCCGCACACAAGACGUUUUUUGCUCGUCAACCAGGGGGACCUCAGAUCAAAACCCUUAUCGAGGUGAUCAAGCACGUGAAGCCUACAGCAUUGAUUGGCCUCGCAGCGACAGCGAAUCUGUUUGAUGAAGCCGUUGUCAAACUGAUGGCGGAGUUGAAUCCUCGCCCAAUCAUCUUCCCUCUCUCAAAUCCUGUCCAUUUGGCCGAAUGUACCUUUGACGAGGCGGUGAAAUGGACCGACGGGCAGGUGCUAUUUGCAUCAGGCUCUCCGUUUGCCAGCUGUGGAUGGCGUGGACAGACCAUCGAGCCGGGGCAAGGGAACAACAUGUAUGUGUUUCCUGGAAUCGGAUUGGGGGCGAUCUUGGCAAGGGUCAAGACAAUCUCGGAUAAGAUGAUCGAAGCUUCAGCCUUGGCAUUGUCGGAUGCUUUGACAGAUGAAGAAAAAGCAUGCGGACUCUUAUACCCCAGAUUGAACAGGAUAAGAGAUAUCAGUACCUCGGUAGCGUUGCGUGUCAUCCGACAAGCCCAAGAAGAGGGGUUGGUCGGAAAUCCGGUGGUUGGAAACUUAGGCGAUGACGAGUUGCAAAAAUAUAUCGAACAGAAAGAAUAUUGGCCUGCUUUCAUGUCGGGUGAACACAUCGAUUUAGCUAUCAGAAGCUGA